AUGGCGGUUCUAAAUAAGGACUUUGUCCUUACCAUACUCUACCAUCAAAUCAUCCUUCUUAUCAUUCUUAUCAUCCCUAGGAGAACUCAAAUCGCCGACCGGAACGUUUCAUCGGAUUAUCGCCGGAAUCAUCCAUCUUUUAGGUUUCCGGCAACAGAAACUAGGGCUUCUAAUCUUCACUUAGAGGAUGUACCUAUCAGCUUUGUUACUCAAUUCUACGGAGAGGAUUGGGCCGAUAGGAAGAUGCGUAUAUAUCACUCAAGUGGGAAAAUUUGGGUCUUAAUGUUGAAACGAUUAAAACGUAUGCCAGUCUUAACUGACGGCUGGGAAACAGUUGUUUCAGAUCUCAAACUUCAGAAGGAUUGUCUCCUUACAUUUCGUCCCAUGAACCAUUUUGGUCUCUAUCUUUCAUCUUUUGUUAAUGGCGUCUGUGAUCAAUCUUAUUUCACGAUUAAUCGUCAUCUAAUAUUGGGUUUUACGAUCAUUGAAGAUUCAUUUGUUCAACAAUGUUUUGGAGACGAUGUAAUGGCUGGCUCAUAUGAAGUUAAUUAUAAGGGUUCUCCGUGGACGGUGUCAACAAGUAAGGUUAAUUCAAACUAUGUAUUCUCACAAGGUUGGACUCAACUUUGCAACGAUCUUGGCGUUCAGGAAGAUGAUUUAUUGGUUUUUGAAAAACUUAAUGAUGUUAUGUUUGAUUUAACGGUGUAUCGAGACGAGGUUGAGAUACGGUUGAGCAAGAAGGUUGAAUCUGAUGAUGAUGAUGAUGAUGAUGUAAUUCAGAUCUCUAGGGCCGAUUACGAUAAAGCGCUUUUUAAGGACAUAGAGGUAGAUGAUAACCAGCCCACAUCUGUUAAAAGUCCAUCAGGAACAGUCCCGACAAGUACACCAAAGAAUGUUCAUGUUAAAGAGACGUUGAAAGUAGGUGAUGGUUUACAUUUCACGACAACACAAGAUCUCAAAGGAAAGGGAAAAGGUAAACUUUCUGUCGACCGAUCCGUCACAGUUGAGAAUUUCAACAAACAAUGCAAAGGCCGAAAACGUUAUACAACAUCUGAUCAAACUGUAAAGCAUCCAAAGAAGGUUUCAAGGAAUGCAAAGAAAGUUUCCCGUAUCUGCAUUGAUCCAGAAUAUUUCGACUUUAGCCGUAAAGCUGAAUAUAGGCUGCGGCUUCCUGUUGAGGUUGUUAAUAGAGCCGGCCUGUCUGAAAGAUUGCAACCUAUAUCUGUCCAGAACUUGAAUGGUGAUGUUGAAGUUUAUGACACAAAGACAGAGUUAAACAGUGAAAUGCCUAAACGACCAAAAAUUGUCUCCGUAUACAAUGACAUUGAUAAAGAAAACAAUCAGCAUGCUGUCCUCCCAAUUGUUACUCGAGACGAGGCAUCUCAUAGAAGAAAAUUAAGAAAAUUAUACUUGGAUAAUAAGAAAUCAAAUGUUGGAACUACAUCGUCAUCCGUCAAUAUUGAUUCCACUAAUAUUAAUUCCACUUCCACUCCGUGUGUUACAUCUGAUAACAUAGUCAACAGAAUUGGUUUUCACAAUUUUGAAUCCACUCCUGAGGUGACUAAUAAUGUUAAUCCAAGUCCUUCAAGUAUUGUAACAAGUAACAUUAUUUGUAGUACCAGCAAUCGUACAACGAGAAAAAACGAUGUUGGGAAUAAUAUUUCAACUGGCAUCACAUCAACCACCUGCACAUCAUCAUUGAACCGUAAUUUGCAAAGGCUAUCAUCUGGGAAACGUAAGUUGGUAUCCAAAGCACGUAUUUCGUCUCCUAUACCAAUGAUCGACUUGACCACAGACGAAAUCGUAGAACGAGAUCCUUAUAAAGGUGUUUCUACAGAUUAUUUGGAUCACGGUGAUCAAGUUAUUACUUGUGAAGUUUGUUAUGCAAAGUUAUGGGACGCAGAGAAAGGAAGCGGAAGAAAAGAGGGUGGCAAAAUAUGUCAUAUGUUAUGUUGUGGUUAUGCCAAAGUUGUCUUACCGGAUUACAAAACCGCGACACCUUAUUAUAAAAGUCUAUUCAUGUCCAAUGACAAUGAAAGCAAGCACUUUUUGAAGAACAUUCGACGUUACAAUUCUAUGUUCGCGUUUACCUCAAUGGGUGGUAAGGUUGACCAAACCGUUAAUACUGGUAAUGCUCCUUUUUGCUACAGAAUUAGUGGUGAAAAUUACCAUUCUAUUGGUAGUCUUGUGCCACCAAACGGAGGGAAGCCUAAAUUUUGUCAGUUAUACAUAUACGAUACUGAAAAUGAAUUGGCAAACAGGUCUUCAGACAAUGUUUCCUCAUCAUCCACUUCAGAUGAAACUGAUAAUAAGCUGAUACAACAAAUCAAAGCAAUGUUUGAUGCCGAAAAUGUGCUUGUGAAAAUUUAUAGGAUGGUUAGAGAUUGCUUCCAACAAAAUCCUAAUACCACUUUAAAGCUUCGCCUAAUUGGCAAAAGAGAACAAGAUGGUCGGACUUAUAACUUACCUACUUCCUCAGAGGUUGCUGCUCUUAUUGUUGGAGAUAUCGAUAACGCACUUGAGAAAAGAGAUAUCGUUGUCGAGACACAAACAGGUUCAUUAAAAAGAAUAAGUGAAUUGCAUCCUUCCUAUCUUGCACUUCAGUAUCCUAUUUUGUUCCCAUAUGGAGACGACGGUUACAGAAUUGACAUACCACAUAGGGGUGUCAUUGAUGUUACUAACAAGAAACGUCCGAAUUGUACAAUGAGAGAGUUUUUUGCGUAUCGUGUACAAGAUCGUAGUAACCAGUUUUCAUUGAUUCUAAAUUCCAGACGGUUAUUCCAACAGUUUUUGGUUGAUGCUUAUACGAUGAUUGAGAGCGAGCGACUGAACUUUAUAAGAUUUCAGCAACAAGAUCUCAGGUCUGAUACAUAUGAGAAUAUCCGGAAACUAAGAUAUAACGGCCAACAAGAUUUGUCUAAGGUUGGAAAACGUAUUUUCCUUCCAUCUUCCUUUACAGGCGGGUCACGAUAUAUGAUGCAAAACUAUCUUGACGCAAUGGCAAUUUGUAAAUGGUAUGGUUAUCCAGACUUUUUUAUAACCAUUACCUGCAAUCCCAAAUGGCCGGAGGUUCAAAGGUUUCUUAAGGACACAAAUCUUAAUCCGGAGGAUAGGCCUGAUAUUUUAUCUCGAAUUUUUAAAAUAAAGCUGGAUUCAAUUUGUAAAGAUUUGAAAGACCGUGAUUUGUUUGGAAAAGCUUCUGCUGUUGUUUACACUAUUGAGUUUCAGAAACGAGGAUUGCCUCAUGCGCAUAUGUGCUUAUUCAUGGAGAAUGAUUACAAACUUCCAACUGUAGACCAUGUUGAUCAGUUUAUUUCUGCAGAAAUCCCUGAUUUAAACCAAGACCCGGAACUAUAUACGCUUGUGAAAGACCAUAUGAUUCACGGUCCAUGUGGUAAUGCUAGACUGAGCUCUCCAUGUAUGGUUGAUAGAAAAUGUUCAAAAGGUUUUCCCAAGAAAUUUCAAGAUCACUCAACCUUGGAUUCUAACGGAUUUCCCUUAUACAGAAGAAGAGAUGACGGUUCCUUCGUUUUAAAAAAUAAGAUUCAGUUAGACAACAGAAGUGUUGUACCUUAUAACAAAAAGCUUUUGAAAAGAUAUCAGGCGCAUAUAAACGUUGAAUGGUGCAACCAAGCGGCGUCAAUAAAGUAUUUGUUCAAGUAUAUUAAUAAAGGUCCUGAUAGAGCAACAGUUGCUGUGGUUCCGAGCAAUAAUGAAAACGAGCAAGCAGAAAAUGAUGAAAUUAAAGAGUAUUAUGACUGUAGGUAUAUAUCUGCGUGUGAAGCCUCUUGGAGGAUUUUUUCUAAUGAAGUUAAUUAUAGGAGUCCUUCUGUUAUGCGUCUUCCUUUCCAUCUUCCUGGACAACAAACAGUUUGUUUCGGUCCUGAUGAAGAUAUUAAUCAAGUGCUAAACAAACCAUCUGUUAACUCAUCAAUGUUUUUAGCUUGGAUGCAACGUAAUCAAGAUCCUAACGACCAUGUUGCACGUACACUAACAUAUGUACAGUUUCCGCGUUUUUAUGUGUGGAAGCUUGACAAGCGUAUAUGGGUUCCGAGAAUAAAAGGGAAAACAAUUGGAAGAAUUCAUUCCGUUUCUCCUUCUACCGGUGAAGCGUACUAUUUAAGAAUUCUUCUUAACAAAGUUAAAGGACCAACAUCGUUUGAUGAUAUUAAAACAGUUAAUGGUCGAGUGUACGAUACUUUUAGAGAUGUUUGCUAUGCGCUUGGUUUGUUGGAUGACGACUCGGAGUACAUUGAGGCCAUCAAAGAAGCAAAUAUAUCAGGUAGUGCAGGUUAUAUUCGAAAUUUAUUCGCCACCAUGUUACUGUCAAGCACAUUAUCUAGACCUGAAGUUGUCUGGGAAAGCACAUGGAAGUAUAUGACAGAUGAUUUUCUGUACAGAUUCUCAAAGUAUCAUCGUGUUUCAGGUUUAUCAAUUCCUGAUGAGCAAUUAAAGAACUAUGUUUUAUGCGAAAUCGAGAAGUUUUUAACUCGGAAUAAUUCAUCGCUUCGGAGAUUUUUAUCAAUGCCUUACCCGGAUACUUCAUCUUUAGAUAACUUUCGCUGCCGAUUGAUUAACGAAGAGCUUGCUUAUGACAGAUCAGAGUUACAAAAUGUUUAUCAAGGUCAGGUGAAUUUGUUAACGGAUGAACAACGUGCAGUAUAUGAAGAAAUUAUGAACGCAGUUCAUGGAGACAAUGGAGGAGUAUUUUUUGUUUACGGUUAUGGCGGGACCGGUAAAACAUUUUUAUGGAAAACAUUGUCUGCUGCAAUUAGGUCAAAAGGUGAGAUUGUAUUAAACGUUGCAUCUAGCGGAAUUGCAUCACUGCUGUUGGAGGGAGGAAGAACGGCUCAUUCUAGGUUUCAUAUACCUUUGAAUCUUAAUGAGGAUUCCGUUUGUCAUAUAAAACCAGACGAUGAUGUAGCUAAAUUACUACAGCAGACCAAACUCAUUAUAUGGGAUGAAGCUCCUAUGGUUCAUAAACAUGCAUUUGAGGCUUUGGAUAGAACUAUGCAUGACAUUUUCAAUAUAUCUAAUCCAUCCAGGUCUGAUGUUUUAUUUGGAGGAAAGGUAAUUGUAUUUGGUGGUGAUUUUAGGCAAAUACUACCUGUUGUUCCAAACGGUGGACGUCAAGAAAUUGUGAAUGCCUCAUUAUGUUCUUCUUAUUUGUGGAGUAAGUGUAAGUUGUUGACGUUAUCUAGAAACAUGAGGUUAACUGUUGGAAGACCAUCAUCUGAAGUUGAAGAAAUCAGUAAUUUUGCAAAAUGGUUGUUGGAUGUUGGUGAGGGAAAUGUUGGUGGUUCCAAUGAUGGAGAAGCAAUAAUUGAAAUACCACCUGAGCUUUUAAUUGAUAGCAUAUCUGAUCCAAUUUCUAGCCUGAUUGAUUUUGUUUAUCCGUCAAUUUUGGAGAAUUACAAUGAUCGUAAUUACUUUAGUACAAGAGCUAUACUUGCGCCUAAGAAUGAGGUUGUUCACGAGAUUAACGACAGAUUGUUGGCAGUAUUCCCUGGUGAAGAAAAAGAGUAUCUUAGUUCUGACAGUCUAUGCCCUACUGAAGAUGGCAAUGUUGAUCAGCAAAAAAUAUACUCCCCCGACGUGCUCAAUGGUCUCAAAGUGUCUGGUUUACCAAAUCAUAGGUUAGUGCUUAAAGUUGGUGUUCCAGUAAUGUUGUUGCGAAAUAUUGACCAACGAAAUGGUUUGUGUAACGGUACAAGGUUAAAGGUCACAAAACUUUACAGUCGUGUUAUUGAAGCUGAGAUAAUUUCUGGUGGUAAUAUUGGUUCUCGGACAUUCAUACCUAGAAUGAAUUUGGUACCUUCGGACCGAAAGAUUCCUUUUGCAUUCCAAAGGAGGCAAUUUCCAAUAACUGUAUGUUUUGCAAUGACGAUUAACAAAAGCCAGGGACAGUCGCUAUCUAAGGUUGGGUUGUACCUAAGACAACCAGUUUUCACACAUGGUCAAUUGUACGUAGCUUUAUCCAGGGUUACAAGACGAGAUGGAAUCAAGUUACUAAUACUUGACAAUGAUGGCAGGCCUACAAAUAAAACAACCAAUGUUGUAUAUAAAGAGAUAUUCAAUGGAUUGUGA